AUGGUUGCGAGAACCCCACCAAAGCAGAAGAAAAUGUUGGCUCCUCUCAAUCCUGUUCUGAUAAGAGAAACACUCAACAAGGUGGAUCGGUGCAUGGCUAGGCUGCAGGAACUUCAGUACACUGUGACUGGUGGAACCAAGGUGGUGUCAGGGGUUAGUCUCAGCCCUCGCAGCACCAGAGGUUAUCUGAGAACAAGUCUCAGGUGCAAGCAAGAAUCAGCCAGGAUCAAGAAUGGUGCCCCAAGGAGAUCUCCAGUGGGGAAGUUUCCCUUUCAAGCAAACACAGGUGAAUGGAAGCGAAUGUCAUUGCCAGCAAUGCUUUUAGGCGAAACAAUUGGAGAAAUUUUACAGGCAAGUCAAUUUGCCAGAGAAAUAGUUUCAGCAGCUGGUAGGAAAACUGCUGCUGAGGACCCAAAAACUCCAGUGUCUCAAAGGAAAAACCAGAAAGUACAACACCAUGAUGAAAACACACAACUCAAGGCUAGAAGGAAGAAAGAGAAGCAAACCAAACUACAGGAUGAUGAUGAUUCACCAUCACUUCAAAGGGCUCGUUCGAGAAUUAUAUUUAAGGUUUCACCUCCAAAAGUUAGAGAAUUUCAUAAAGAAGAUAACAGGUAUUUGGCAAAUAGGGUAUCUCCCAGGCAUAGGCCAUGGGCUAGAAAGACUGUGCUAUUCCCCAACCCUUUGUUCCUGUCCACUCAUUCUUCAAAGUCACAACAGCAACAGUUUUGCAAGACCAGGUCCCCUAUCAUAUCAAGAAAUAGAGGAACACCACACAAGUUUUUGAUUAAGUCUCCACCUUCAGCUUCCAAAUUUCCUGUGUCAAUUUUACCCACAAGACCAACAACCUUGGGCGGGAGUUCUCCCAAGAGAUCCACUGCAUCUAAAUUUCGACGAUCUUUCUCUCCUUCAAGACUGGCGUCCAGAUUAGUUUCACCAUUAAAGAGCAACAAAACUGUACAAAAAAAUGAUGGGUUUGUAAGUGGACUGAAACAGCGCCCAGCAUCAACAGUACAAUUCCCUGCCCGAAGAAUUUAA